CAAUAUGAGUCACUUGAAGUAUUACUGCUACUGCUUCUUCGUUCACCUUCAUUCCUGUUGUUUAAUUCAAUCUUUGACUCAACUCAAUUUUCGCCGCCAUCUUUCUUUUCUCCCAAGUCUUGUCGGCUGGAAGCGUGAAAAGAAUCAAAGAUGACUACUAACGAACGCACCGGAGACGCUACAUCCGAGGUAGAGUCAGGAGAAGAAGAAGAAGUCUUAGGCGGUGGUGAAUUGGCGGCACAUCUGAUAAAAAGUGGCAUCACCCGCAACGAGAUGAUAGCGGCGAUCACUAACCGCCUCCACGCCGAGGCGAUGGCGUCUCUGCCACCCAACGUAAGGCGGAGGAUCCGCGCGCUGCGGACUUUGCAGAAGGAGUUCGCGGAUAUCGAGUCCAAGUUCUAUCUGGAGGUGCACGCUCUCGAGUGCAAGUACGAGAGGAUGUACAAGCCCUUGCUUGAAAAGCGCGCUCAAAUAGUGUCGGGCGCCUAUGAGCCGAAUGAUGCAGAAUGCGUGAACCCCUGGAGGGAUGAGAGCGAGGAAGAGGAACUGGCGCGCGCGGUGCAGAACGCGGCCAUCGCUGAGGGGGAAGAGAAGAAAGAAGAGAAGGAACCGGCAGAACCUCCCAUGGACCCCAACGUAAAGGGAAUCCCCGACUUUUGGUACACUAUAUUCAAGAAUGUGUCGAUGCUGUGUGAAAUGAUGCAAGAACACGACGAGCCUAUUAUCAAAUGUUUGCAGGAUAUUAAAGUGCAAAUGUUCGAAGACCCCAUAGGCUUCACCCUGGAGUUCCACUUCCUGCCCAACGACUACUUCACAAACACUGUUCUCACCAAGGAGUAUUCCAUGAAAUGCAAACCCGAUGAGGAGAACCCAUUAGAGUUUGAAGGACCCGAAAUUUAUUCAUGCAAGGGUUGCGAGAUCAACUGGAAGAAGGGCAAGAACGUGACGGUGAAGACGAUAAAGAAGAAGCAGAAGCACAAGUCGCGCGGCUCCGUGCGCACCGUCACCAAGUCGGUGCAGGCCGACUCGUUCUUCAACUUCUUCGCGCCGCCCCAGAUGCCCGACGACCCCAACUCCACCCUCGCCUCGGAUACGCAGGCGUUACUGACCGCCGACUUCGAGGUGGGCCACUACAUCCGCGAGCGUGUCGUCUCCCGCGCCGUCCUGCUGUAUACCGGCGAGGGUCUGGACGAAGACGACGACGAUGACUACGAGGAAGAGGAGGAGGAGGAAUGCUCCACAGAAGAGAGCGAGGACGAAGAGCCCGCGCCACGCAAGAGAGGCAAGAAACAGAACAAGGCGUUGCAAGAGAACCCCGCCGAAUGCAAGCAGCAGUAGCAUCCACACUUGUGCACUUGAUUGCAUGAUCCAACACAUAUACUGUAUACCACCAGUUGAAUUUCAGUAGCAGGAACACGAGGCUCGAAUGAGCACGGACUUUUAUUUAGUUAGAUGCCGCUUGGUUUAUUUUUGUGUAAUAUAAAUCCAAUGGUGUCAAUUAUCAAUUCAGACUGACUUGGCCUGGUGACGCGUCUUCACAUCAUGCUUUGCCACUCUACAAAUGAAAUAAAAAUUGGCAGAGUAUAAAAUCGGUGUAUACUUACACAACCCAAUGCCACCAUGUCGGUGACGCGAACGCUCGAGAUUACACUAAUCCAAAAAGUGUCUAAGGCGCACAGCACUCCGGGCGUGCGCCAGUCAUGAGAAUGUCGGUUUUUGUGCGUCAGUCAUGAUUACAUUUCCCCUAACGAAAAGUGUCCAAAGCAACUAGAGUUUUCACUUCAAUAAAAAAUAAUGAUCAUGUUUCAUAUGUCCGAUGUACCGUAACUGCUUCUAUAUACGAAAAUAAAUACAUAUCAUGAGUGAUAUUCGAAACACUUAAUUCAAUCGCCAGGCGUAAUAUGGAUAUUCCAUGUGAAAAAUUGAAGUAGGACGCAAUCUAAGGUAAGAAGCGCGGUAAAUUGGCGCUUUGCUUGCUAAUAUUUCGGGCAGACUUUAAUGGGUGCGGUAUCUAGAUAAAUACAAGUCCGUGGUUUGUGUCUUACUGCAUUGUUAAUACAUGAAAAGGUAUACUGUUUGCCUUUAGUAAUAUGAUAUAUGUAAUUAAAAUGGCUGGCUACUGUGUUAGCACUGAUUUUUCGAAAACUUUUUUUUUUACUUUUAUCGUAUGUGGUCUGUGACCAAAUGGUAUUUUUAAUUAUUUUGCGAAUGUCUUAGACUUCACACGCAUAUUCUUUUAGGCUCCUAAUAUUCCUAUCUUGAGAAUUAUUUAAAUUGUAACUCUUAUAAUCGCAAGGUGCUUAUUCAACGCUGUUUGAGUAUAGUAUAUGUAUUAAAAAAUGAAAAAUUGCGACCAUGCCAGUAUUGUCAACUGUAUGCAGGUACAUCGUUAAAAAGUAAUACACGUAAUGAAAUUGAAUAGCGUAUAUAUUUUUAUAUAGUAAGGCUUUAGUGAACUUGUGAAAAACGUAAUUAUCGUCCCAAAAUAUGUAUAUUGGGAAGAAACAUUUGAUGACAAGUAAUUUUACUAUUCCAAGUCAAAAUAAACCUCAACAUGGGGCUAGAUUUUCAGUUCUAGUGUUAGAUUCGUGCCAUUGGAGUAUCCAUUAAAAAGAAAAUAUUAGCCAUAGUUAAUAUUCGGCAAAAAAGUGAACACACUUUAAAAAAGGAUUUCUUUCUAACGACGUUGUUUAUUAUCAUUAUUCCAACGAUAAAUACUUAUCUUUUGAUAUAUCCUAUUUGUAGGUACAGUUAAUAGGCCAUGCCUAGAUUUUGAGCCUAGAGGCCUAUGUUUUUUGAUCGCAACAUGGUGCUAUAUAAAGCUAUUCACAAUGUUCGCGCAUUUGUAUUUUAUCUGUUAUCGGCUAUGAAUUGAUUGGUCAGUAAAAUCUAUAAAAUCGAUUUUACUAACUACUGAUGAAUGAUUAUAAAACUUAUGUUGGUGGUCGAAAAGGCAUUGACAUAUUUUUAACCGAUUUCAAAAAAAAGGAGGUGGUUUCUCAAUUCAACCGUAUAUAUAUAUAUAUUUUUAUAUACGUCAAAACCUAGGGGGGCAACCGGGCCACAAAUAAAACUUAUUUCGUAAUUGCUGAUUUAAUUUUUUUACACAAUAUGACGUCACACUAGAAAGGUGGGGUCGUAAAAUUACGAAAUUCGUAUGGCGUUUUCGAACUUCUGGGUGACCCUUUAUUCAAAUUGCGAUUAAAAAAAAAUCAGUCUACCAGUUGCCAUUAUUAUUAUAUUUUUAUUAUAUAUUGACAUUCCUUUACCACAAUUUAUAUAAAUAUUGUAUAUCCAGAUUGGGUUGUAAACAGAAAACAUACGUUCAGUAUUUAACCUAAAUAUUAGUGGGAGUCAUACAUUAGUGAAAUAAAAAAAUAUUCUCUGUGUAUUAAGUUUGCUUAAGGCAGUUUUAUUUUUAAUAAAAUGUGAUGUAAAUUAUUUGAUGUAAGUUAUAUCGGCUCAUUUCAUACAUUUAACUGUCUUUGAGACUGUAUAAUAAGUAAUCAAUGCCAACUGAAUUGUAAACCUACAGUUGAGACCUACAAGGGUUCGUACACAAGCUAUUAGGAUAUUUCUACACAACAUUUUUUAAAAUAAAUUAAUUUUAAACAUA